AUGGCACAAGAAAACAUAGAGGCUGACUAUCUUAACGAAGAGGGAUUUUACUUCUUUCACAUAAACCGACGUAAAUACAUGAUAACAUUAUAUGACAAGUCGAUGCGUCAAAGGAAUAUGGAUCCCAAUUACCGGACCGAGAGAAGCGUCAGAAGAAGACCAAAGUUUGUUGCUGAGUCAGAGGUUCAUUCCCGUACAAGGUCAGGUUCCGUAGAUUUUUAAUUUCCAUUUUUAAAUCCAUGGGCCGGGAGGGGAUGGAGUUAGUAUGUGCUGCGGAAUUGGCAUGGGCACUAAUUAAACUGCAGUGUAUGGCUAGGUCACGUAGUACAAUAGCUGGAGAGCAAGGAAUCGCUGGGAUAGCACAAACCAGGAAACUACAUUAUUCAGUACAGGAAAUUAAGGAUGCACUUGAUUAACGCGAUUUUUGUUUAAAUCGCAUUAAUUUAAUGCAUCUUAAUUUACGUCGAUGUUAAUUUAAAUCACACUAUUCUACAUCGUUGUUGUUUUACAGCACCUUUUCAAUAACAAAACCUCGUCUGCUAAUAGUUCCUCUAUCAACGCCUCGGUGUCACUAUUUGAAGUCUUCCCUCCGAGGUACAAGAAAAUGCCAGGAUCCAAGGGAGCGUUCCCUCUCUAGAUCCAAUUACGGAGAAGUAACAUGAUAACAAUGAGAUAACAAUGACUGGAAAUGCUGCUGUUUUUUCCUUUAGAUAUGUAUGUUGAGAAGUUUGUAAUACAGCAAAUUCGCGUAAAAUAAUUAAUCAAUUAAGUUAGGCGCACAUCGUUUUCGAAAAUUUCGCGUUAAUUCAGUAAUGUAUAUGAACCAAACUUUUGGCAAAUUUGCGUUAAUUUUGUGUAACGUAAAUCUUCUUGACGUUGUCAACGUGCAUCGUUAAUUUCGCGUUAUAUGGGAUAUCACUUAAAUUGAGAAUUUCGAUUUACGAUGAUGCCUGAGCUGUCUGUUUCUCUCAUCCCACGAGCCCCUAAGAGCGUCUGCGUGGGAGGCUAGCUGAUGUACGGCUGCAAAUGGGUCAUUGAAAAUUGAUGAUUUUUUUUUUAUUUUACCUCCAUAUUUUUACCAAAUUAAAUAGUCCAGAACAUAUUGAUUGUUGGAGGAGUAACAGAUACAGUCAACUUUUUUCUCAACGGAUAUCUCGCUGUGACAUCUAGACUGCCUGCCUUUCUUUACUCCGUUUAGUUGACUCUCAUAUAAAGGCAGACAUCUCGAUGAAACGGGCACCUAGAACUGGUCACUGCCUUUGUUUUCUCGUUUAAGCUGACUACCUAUGAGACGGACACGUCGCCAAAAAGGACACCUAGAGUUGGUCUCUGCCUUUCUUUACUCCUUUUAAUUGUCUCUAAAAGACAGACAUCUCGUUUUCAAAAGAAACGGUUGACUGAAUACACGCAGUUUUUAUGGCACCAGUGUUGUCAACUCCCAGUUCGUGUCUUUCGAUGACGUCUAAAACUGACCUCCCUAUAAAAGACUGACGCUUGAUACAAUUAAGGCAAACAAAGUAAUAACCUUGCGGUUUUUUUUUUCUUCCAUUUUGCAGUUUUUUCAGCCUAUUCAACUCAUUUCCCAGGGUCUCUAACAUCGUUCAAGCCAUUAGCAGACGUCUCAUGGGUCAUGACAAUACCUUCAAACGAAUCCCCCUGCCAGCAGACAGUGAAGAGUUCAAAAAGGUGGAAACGCUGUUUCAUAAAACAAUCCUAAAACGCAAGGCAAAGAUAACUGUGAUCGAGAAAAUAAAAAAUGCUUUCUUAAAUGAGAGAUACAAAAGGUAUGGUAAAUGUAUGAACAAGACUUAAAUUCUGUAUUCUUAAGGAAAGUGCAAACGGAUGCAACAUUGUUGGCCAACAACUCCGAAUGUACAUUGUUGGAUCAAAAAUGCUACAUAUUGCGUCCGUGUGCACACCCUGUUGCAUGUUGUUGCGUGUUGUUGGGAGUUGUUGCGUGUUGUUGGGAGUUGUUGCGCAAAGUUUGAAACCCCCGGUCAAACUUUUAGCCCCGUGAAAAGGGACACAAGAUUGUUGGGAGUUGUUGCGUCCGUUAUCACGUACAAUUGUAGCUUUAAGUGUAUUAAAGAAUUGGGUCUUUUACCGUACGGACUAUGGGGUCAAGGUCAAUUCACAUUAUUGAUUCGGUCAAGAGUGAGCUGAAAUAAGAGCCAGCUAUCCUCACUCAUCAUUAUUUAGCAUUAUAAACGCUGAAAGAAAAAUAAAAAGAGAUUUUCUGAAAGAGAAAAACUAAGCAUGACAAUUUUUCUUAAUUUUUCGGUGACGCAAAAGUUGAAAUUGAAAAUGGUGGCCCAAUUCUUUUUUUUAUAACAAGUAAACAAGUUUUGAAAGGUUUGAACCCAGGAGUCAUUUCAUAAGUAGGUUGAGUUUGAUCGCCCGGGUGAACGUAGUCCUGAAUAGGAAUGUUGUUGUUGACAGUGACUGACGUUUCCACAACCUGUGCGGUAGUGACCCUCAGAGUCAAAGUGAGCUGUAUCACGUCAGUUGAUGGUAUUAAACUUUGGUUAUUGACCUGGGAUCAAUUUAAUAAAACUUUUACAAGCGUAGUCUACUAGUUUAGCUAUUGUUUUAGGACCCUAAAACAAUAGUUACACUGGUAAAUUACAACUGUAAAAGUUUUAUUAAAUUGACCCCUGAUUGGUAAAUCAAGUCGCGAUGUUAUUGGUCGUCUGUCAGUUAAGCCGUGAUAUUAUUCUCUAUUAAUGAAGACUCGUAAUGCCAUUGGUGCGUUUCGAUCCGUCUAUUUUCUCAGUUAAACAGUCUUUUUCUCGAAGUUAGUUUUGCUUGAUCCCGUUAGUAAGUCGCUUGUACGGUGCUGGUAACUGUUGAUUACUAUUCAGUGGCGUUUGCUCUAAGUUAGCAAACCAGUGAGUCGUUAAUUAGUAGUCUGUAGAAUACGUAAUAAAUGUCGCAGAGUCUGACUUUGCGACAUAUGUGACGAUCAUAUCCAAAUCAUACUUAACCUACUUAUGAAAUAAAAAAGUUGCAAUCCACUUCAACCGCGUGGUCCUUGAAAGCUAUAAAGGCACUUUCUUACCAGUUAAUUUCAGUUUUUCCUUGGCCAAAAAGUUUAUUUUUCAGUCUUUCGGCCUUGAAAGUCUCCCUUGAGUACCAGACGAGGUAUCCACUAGAGAGGAUUUUUUUAAUUUUUUUUUUUUAACUAUCUUUUGGUGUCUGGAUUCGUUUUGCUGCUAGAUGCAGAUACAUGAAUACGAAAUAAAAACCGUUUGAACGCGUUUCCAGGAACUUUAAAUCCAGAAUCUUAAAUGUCGGAAUACUUCAACCGAAUAACCGUUCCUGGAUUAACUGAUGUGUAUGUAUGUAUGUAUGUAAAUCUUUAUUUAAACACGGGAAAUCAUCAGUUAAGCUUAAGUUAAAAACUAAAACUAAUUACAACUGCUUUACAUGAUUGCCGUGUGGGAAUCCGAUAUAUCAGCUACCUUCUUGAUAUUUCGCUUAAAAUGCUCAACGGAUGCAGCGUUUUUUAAGUUUUUGGGCAAGUUAUUCCAUAACAUGGCCCCGCUGUAAGAGAAGCUUCGUUUCAAAUAAUUGGUGCUUGGUUUGGACAAGGUCAGCCUUCCCUCAGAGUUUCUUAAGUUGUAAGCAGAGUGACGCUGAGAGAAAAGACUUUGCAGAUAUUCUGGAGCAAGGUCAUUCAUGGUUUUAUACAUCAUUACGGCUUUUUGUUUCUUUCGUCGAAGAGAUAGCCUCUCCCAGCUGAGGGUGGAGAGAAGGUGGUUUGAGCUCGUAUCAAAGGGUGAUUUAGUAAUAACUCUGGCUGCACGAUUCUGUAAUUUUUGGAGCUUAUCACUCAAGUAACCACUCAAACAGUCCCAGACGGGGCUGCAGUAAUCAAAAUGAGGCAUAAUUAAAGCGUUAUAAAUUUGAAUUGCAGUUUCUUUGGAUAUAAAGGGCCGCACACGUUUUAGGGCGCCUAUAGCUGAAGAGACUUUCUUGCAAAUCUCUUCAACGUGUUUACCCCAAGAGAGUUGAGCAUCUGUGGUAAGACCCAAGGAUUUGGUAUGAUCGACUCUCUUAAUAAUUUGGUCAUCAAUUCUGAUUUCUACAUCGUCACAUUGGGCAGAUAGUCUUUGUCUUGAUCCAAUAAUCAUUAGCUCUGUUUUAGCAACAUUUAGACUAAGCUUGUUAGCUUUCAGCCAACAGCUAAGGUUAUUUAAUUCAGGGGUUAGAGCUAGCUUAAGCUCUGUGAACGUCUUAGCAGAUAACGUAAGGUUGGUGUCAUCGGCAAACAUUCUUGGUACGGCGCCCCGCAGGGAGUUGGGAAGAUCAUUAAUGUAAAUUAAAAAUAGCAAAGGACCCAAUAUGCGACCCUGCGGCACGCCGCAACUGAGGGUACGAGCAGAUGAUAGUUUGCCACUGACAUUACAUCUUUGGGUUCGGCCACUUAAGUACGACGAGAACCAUUUUAUAGCUGCCUGAUCGACACCCAUGUGUGUCUGAAUAUCUAAAAUGCAAUAAAUCCUGAAACAUUUCUGAAUGCGGAAAUUAAAGUCAUGUAAAAUAAUGUAUAUGCGGAGCCCUUAGUCUUCUCCAAAGACCCACAGUUUAUUCCGCAAUUUCAUUAAAUCAACUGAAUUUAACUGUAAUGAGUUCAUUCCAUUUACAAAUUGUAUACGGUGGAUGUAUUUUCAGGAAGAGAGACCAAAUCAAGAAUAUACUUAAAGUCUCCGACAACGAUAAUGUGGAGAGGCUUCUUUUCCACGGCACCAGUUCAGAUGUCAUUGACGCCAUCUGCAAGCACAAUUUUGACCACAGGUGUCACGGCAAAAACGGCACAAAAUACGGUAAAGGAAGCUAUUUUGCCGUUAAGGCCUCAUAUAGUAACAACUACUGCAGUGGAAUGACAAGAUUUAUGUUCCUUGCUCGAGUGUUAACCGGAGAGUUUAAGCAAGGAGAUGAAUCACUCCAUCGACCUCCUUUAAAAGACCCUAGCAAUCCCGCUAGUGAUCUAUAUGAUUCAUGCGUUGAUAAUGAAUCAAGCCCAUCAAUUUUUGUCAUUUUUAAUGACGAACAGUGUUAUCCUGCCUAUCUGAUAACAUAUGACAUUAAGAGAAGAGUUUAA